CAUGGUUGCAACAGCAGGUGGCAGUAGGCUGCAGAAUGAUCUGGAUCUCAAACAUUCAAGGAACGCUGGGAUUUUAACUGUGUUUACAUACACGUCACCAGGAAGUUUCUUGCUUUCACUACAAGAGAAAUGUUAAGACAGGACUCUCUAGAGGGCGAUGUGCCCCUUUUUCAUGAAGAUGAAAACGAUGUCAGUCAGAGGAAAUCUAAAAUCAAGCACCCUCUGGCAUCUUUUUUUCACCUUUUCUUCCGCACCAUGGCCAUUUUGGUUUAUCUUCUGUGUGAGCUCUUAAGCGGUAGCUUCAUAGUGUGCAUGGUAACCAUCAUCCUCCUCCUGUCAUGUGACUUCUGGACUGUCAAGAAUGUGACUGGCCGGUUGUUGGUGGGCCUAAGAUGGUGGAACCAGGUAGAUGAGGAUGGCAAGAGCCAGUGGGUGUUUGAAGCUAGAAAGGAAACCAGUAGAAAGACCGUUUCAAAUUCUGAAUCAAGGAUAUUCUGGCUGGGUCUGAUUGUGUGUCCAAUCCUCUGGGUAAUUUUUGUGUUCAGCACUGUCAUCUCCUUCAGGAUCAAGUGGUUGGGAGUCGUAAUCAUGGGUGUGGCCUUACAGUGGGCCAAUUUAUAUGGCUAUGUGCGCUGUAAAGUGGGCGGUGGCACCAAUCUGAGGUCUAUGGCCACAAAUUAUCUAGGCCUCCAACUCUUCAAACAGGCAAUGAAUAAAACAGAGGGACCGUAGCUUGCCAUGUACUGGAAGUGACUCAUAAAGGACGAGGAGGAACUUUGCCCUCGGAUCUAUUAUGGUAUUGUGUCACAGUGUUGGACAAGGGACAGUUUUUUGUUUGACACUCCUUUAAGUUGAUGUUAUUGGUUACUUUAACAAGCUAUUAUCAACCAAUCAUGUUUUUUUUUAAUUUUAUGCAAAAUCAUUGAUUUAGAUAUUCACUCGCCUGCUUAGUUCACCUGUUUGAAAGAUUUAAAUUAAUUUCCUAACUUAGACACCAAGUGGUUUGUCAUUUUCUAUGUUCAGCCUUUUAAUAAACCAGGAGGUCUCCUACCAGAUAUUUAUGAUUUUGACAUGUGAUGUGGCAUACAAUGAAGAACACUAAACACAACCCGACUUCUUUGACUCAUUAAAAAAAAAGAUUGUAAAGCCAAUGCAUGACUUCACUAACCUGGUUGAGAAAAUAUGGAGUGGAAUGAGAUAAUCUGUAGAGUGUUUGUUUAUUGUAGUGUAAUCAACAAAUGAAGUGAUGCUUAAGUGAUGCUCUAGAGACACUCACUGUGGGCACUUGGGCCAGGCAGGCCAAGAAGGCAAUUAUAAAUCAGCUACGCUACGAUUGUGUUGUAUAAAAGUACAUUACAAAACUUAACUUUUUAAACGAAUGAUUUAUGAUAAUGUAGCACAAAUAUGUAUACAUUUAGUGAGUGUUAUAAUGUGAAUAUAAAUAAUUGUUUACAUUUUCAGGCAGAGUUUGCUAUAAAUCUAUCCAUCAGCUUUUGGGAAAAUAACAGGAUUUAUCCCACUGUUGUCUGUACAUUACAACAAUGUGGCUAUUCUGAAGGAACAGUGAGAAGUACUCCCAGUACUCCUGGACAUUGUUUAAAUCUCAGUAUGUUGUAACAGUUUUUGCAUUCCUAUGUUUACAUUUUGAAAGGCUGUAAAAUAUAAACACAUGCAUGAAAAUUCAUGGAAUAAAUGGCAUGCAUAGAA